CAAAUACUUCAAACCAAAUACAAUAAAAAUCUCAUCUCUCUUUCUAAAAUUUAUUGGUUUUACAAUAAUCAAAAGCCUUGUUUACACCCCAAUCUCUUCUUAAUAGUUUUCGUUUUUCGUGCUCUCUGUUAAUAUUCAUAAUCUAAGUUAUUUCUUCCACGAAUUUCUGUUUUUUAUUGGGAUUUUUGGCUGAAAUCAAUUGGGGAUUUCUGUGUAUAUAUAAUUUUUUUUUCUAUCUUUUGGCUUCUGGGAUUGAUUAUUUAGGGCGUGGUCGUUGUUAAUCGUAAUACUAAUCGUGUUGGGGGUGGUGGGUGUUGUUUAAAUUUCAGAUUAGGUUUGUAUACUUUGAUGGGGUUCUAAUACAGGUCAGAUCUUUACCAUUUUUAUGCCUUUUUUUUUGUGAGAUAAACUUGUGUGUCACGCAGUGAUUUCUCACAAAAGAAAUUCUGUCGGCAUAGUUUAAAAUUUUUAUCGGGUUUGCGUAUUGCUAUUGGAUUUCGUGCUAUCUAGUAAUUACAUGAUAGGACUUGAUUUAAAAGAAUAUUCGUGAAAGUUAAUGCCAUAAGGGCUCCCCUGUAUCCGUGGUAGCCAGAUUUGGUUACUACUUUACAUCAUUAAGUAAAAUUUUUUGAAGUCAAAUUGUAGUUGGGUUCUGCUAUUUUACAGUUAUCGCCAGUUAAUAAAGAUGGAGUCAAUUUCUGCAACAUCCCUUUUGGGUCAUCGACCUGUUUAUGGAGGUUAUUGUAGCAAGGAUGUUUCAGGCAAACGAAAGCAGGUCCAGCAUUUCCAGCUUCCUUUUACAGAAUUUCUACGAAGGAAGGUUUCUUUUCCAAUUUCUUUGCCGGGAUUGCGAGUUGAUAAACAAACAGUGCCAUCGAUAAAGGCUCAGGCAAUGGAAUUGACAAAAGAGGCAUAUUCCUAUAGAGAAAAUGUGAAAAUACCGAGGGAUUUUGGAUAUGGGAUUGAUACUGGUGUUGGUCGUAGACCAGGGUUGUGGCCACCGGAGAAUAGGGCGGAUAAUCCCGUACUUCAAAAUCCAUUGCUUCGUCAAGAAAGAAUGGGCUGUGGGUGGUUAGGUGCUAUAUUUGAGUGGGAAGGUGUGUUAAUUGAAGAUAAUCCUGAUCUUGAGAACCAGGCCUGGUUGGCUCUUGCUCGUGAAGAAGGGAAAUCCCCACCUCCUGCUUUUAUGCUCCGAAGGAUAGAAGGAAUGAAGAAUGAGCAGGCAAUAUCAGAAGUUCUCUGCUGGUCGAGAGAUCCAGCCUCGUUGAAGCGAAUGGCAUUUAGGAAGGAGGAGAUUUACCAAGCUCUGCAAGGUGGGAUUUAUACAUUUCGCUCAGGUUCUCAAGAGUUUGUGAAUGUUCUGAUGCAUUACAAAGUACCAAUGGCUUUGGUCUCUACUCGCCCAAGAAAAUAUCUUGAGAUAGCAAUGCGAGCAAUAGGUAUUGAAGGGGUCUUCAAUGUCAUCGUAGCAGCAGAGGAUGUCUACAGGGGGAAGCCCGAUCCCGAGAUGUUUGUGUAUGCAGCACAGCUUCUUCAAUUCAUACCUGAACGGUGUAUAGUGUUCGGGAACUCGAAUCAAACAGUCGAGGCUGCACAUGAUGCAAAGAUGAAAUGUGUAGCUGUUGCUAGCAAGCACCCAGUAUACGAGCUUGGGGCUGCUGACCUUGUUGUGCGGCGCCUUGAUGAGCUCUCGAUAGUAGAUUUAAAGAACCUUGCAGAUAUUGAAUCAGCUGAGUUCGGGUCUGGGGAGCCAGAAUUGGAGAUGGAGGAAGAACUAGAAGCUGAUCGAUACCCGUAUUCUUCUGUAGGCGUCGAUGAUGAUUUCUGGUGACACUUUCUCAAUGUACAGUAUGUUGUUGUUCUCGAUCUAAUUCCAGUGAUGAAAAUGCCACUUCUGUCGUGUAUAAAGAUAGGAAACAGAAGAAGAAAGGUUCAAAUUUGGUGUUAAAGAAAUCAAAAAGCUAGAAAACAAACUGAAAAUUAAAAAAAAUAAAAAAAUCAUCAUAUGAUAAUUAUAAUUACUAAUUGUAAUUGUUAUUAAUUAAUAGUCCAUUUCCAAUAAGUGUUUAUGCCAUAUUGUCUGGAUUAUUUUUAUGAUAAUAUAUUCUGGACUUUUACUAUCUA